CCCAAUUUAACGGCGUCAAUUUUUGUAUCGUGUGAUUAACGUUCUUUUUGGCCUAACACACUUUGUAGUUUUUUCACAUGCUGUUGCAACAACUAGUAACGUUAGAAAAACUACAACACCACUCCGGAUCUAGUUAGACCGGAAACAAAACAUCAGGCACGCUGCAACCUCACUUGGGCGAUGAAAAGAGUUGACGCUGCAUUUUGAGUGGAUGGCUAGCGUGAGACGCCGAAAUGGAUGCCGAUAGUAUUCUGAAUGGAAAGUUUUCUUUUAAAAAGUUGCCAAAUGGUUCCAUUGACAAGACCAAAGUCAUCUGUGUGUUUUGUCGUUGUGAACUGAGCUAUCAUCGCAGCACGACCAGUCUGAAAUACCAUUUAAUGGCCAAGCACUCAGCUGAUUUGAAUUCUCCGCCCCCUCGUCAAAGCCAGGUAACAAUGGAUGAUUUCAGACAGAAACGCAUGGAUACUUUAACUAAGAAUAAACUUACUGCAGCCAUAGCUAAAUGGGUGGCUACUGCAUGUAGGCCUGUUAACGUUGUGGAGGACGAGGGUCUCGCGAAUAUUGUACGGACCGCAGCCAACGACUGGAACUACGAAUUGCCUUCGAGAGCCACCAUUACAAGCCACAUACUGAAAUUGCACGAAACGGAAAAGGCUAAGUUACAGCAGGCGUUGGAGAAAACAAAAGUAGUCGCGCUCACUGGUGAUUACUGGACGUCCAUCAGUAAUCACAACUAUCUCGGGGUCACAGCCCAUUACUUUGAUCCACAGUGGAAACUUCAGUCGCAUGCUUUGACUGUUGUAAAGACAGAAGAGAGGCACUUCGCUGACGCUGUUGCAGAGCACUUUAUGCAAGUUGCUAGAGAGUGGGACAUCGAACAGAAAGUUGUCUCACUGACCACGGAUAGUGCACGCAACAUGAUUGCAGCGGCCAGGCAGCUCCCCUUUGAGCACAUGCCGUGCAUCGCACACAGUGUGCACCGAGCCGUCACGGUUUCUCUAACCAACAGCCCGUUUGACAGCGCAUUGGCGAAAUGCAGAAAGGUUGUGGGGCAUUUCAAGCACAGCCCAGCAAACCAAGCACAGCUUGAGCAGCAACAAGUCGCACACCAUCAGAAGAAAGAGUCACUCGUACAGGAAGUGUCAACGAGAUGGAAUAGUACACUGGAAAUGAUCAAGCGUGUUCAGCGGAAUGCUGAACCUCUGAGAGAUGCACUGGCCCUGCACGCAACGAACGUCGCCAUGCCAACAGCUACUGAGCUGGAGAAACUGAAGAAGCUCGAGGCUGUGCUGGAGCACUGCAGGUAUGUGUCAGAACUUCUGGGAGGAGAGAAGUUUGUGUCUUGCUCAGUGGUGCUGCCAACGUUGUGUCAUCUGUCGCGAGUGAUGGAAGUUACUGAAGAUGACCCAGCUUACAUGAUCAACUUCAAGGGAACCUUCGCAGCAGAAAUGGACGGUCGCAAGGAGAAGACCAACAUCACAUGGCUGAGAGUUGCUACAGCACUUGACCCAAGGUCAGAAUGCCAUGCUUCAUAUUUACACUCAUCCUCAUCCCCAGCAUUGUGUUUCUCUCAGUAUGUUUGUUUUGUUAGUUUGCUUGCUUCUUUGCUUUGCAUUUUUGAAUUUUGCACUGUAGAGAUAGGGAUAUUGUCACAAUUUUGUUAUACCUGUUCUUGUAUUAAAGUUUGAUUUCAUUUCAUUUCAAGGUUUAAGGACCUUAAGUGUCUGAGCAAACCUGACA